AUGGCUAUUGCAGAAGAAGUUACUGUCUUUGCUGAGACUAGCUUGGGAACUCGAAUCGUCAUGGCGGUUCCUCUGGAUAUCACAGCAGCAGAUUUCAAGAGAAAACUCGAGAAGACGCAUGCAAGUUGCUUAUCGAGCGUAGGGGAGAUAGAAGUUCAUGGUCUGAUGGUUAAACGAAAGUCUCGCUUUUACCACCUUGUGGAGUCUGUGCCUAUAAGGUACAUCUUCCUGGAUAACCAAAAGCCUUGGUUUAUCCAUGCAGAAGCUAGAGUUGUAAGCAGAUCACAAGAGUCAAGCGUAUCUAACAGUAUUGAUAAAACCCACAUUAGACAUUGUCACGGUUCUGAUAACUCCAUCGAAAGAGUCACUGCAUUGAUCCAAGGUAAAGACAAGAAGAUAAAGAAAUCUCGGGCCAAAUCUGAUUCCAGAAAUGUUGCAUCUGGACAAGAAACUUGCCUUGACAAGAGGGAAUAUCUUGGUCCUUCCACAUCUGAACCUGAAACCAUAAAGUCUUUGCCGUCAAUAGCAAGAGUUGCUGAGAUGAAAAACUCUGAAUGUUUCAAAAGCUUCACACCAAAACCGCCGGAGAGGAAACCUGUAGACUCUGAAAGCGAAUCGAUAGGCAAGAGAAUAACUGUGGCUGCAAACAACAUCAGAAUGCAAGGAAAGACUCAUAAUUCAUCGUCACUAUCAUCAUCUAUUUUCAGAAGUAAUUCUUGCAGAAACAGAUCUUUAGAUGGUAAGAUAAUCACCUCUCUUGCAAAAUUUAUGGUCUUUGAG